AUGUUGAAAUAUAUUCUCGCUUUAGUUUUGGUCACUGUUGCCGUCAGUUUGGCCUGUGACGAUCCAUUCGUUGAAAUGCCACGUCCAACUCGUCUCUUGUAUCCAGAGGAUUUAUCUCGUGCUGAGCGUAAAUACCACGAAAAGUACAUGCAAAUUGCCUAUGAUCUUGCCAUUGAAAAGAACAACUUGUUCACCACUGUAAUUGUUGCUCCAAACGGUACUGUCGCUUGCACUGGUCUCAACCAAAAUGAAAACUCUGCCAUCUACCACGGUGAAAUGGUUGCCAUCAUGAACUGUUCACGUAUUCACAACAAAAACACCUGGGAAGGUUAUUCUUUGUACACUACUGGUGAAUCAUGUGUUAUGUGUCACGCCGCUGCCAUGUGGGCUGGUUUCUCCAAGGUUAUCUACGGUACUUCCAUCCAAACCAUGUAUUGUGACAAAUGUCUCGGUCAAAUCCCAGUUCUCUCGAAUCAAAUCAAUGCUCUUGCUUAUGGUCUUUCAGGAAAUAACUCUCCAGCUCAAGUAAUUGGUGGUAUCCUUAGAAAGAAGACCGAUACCAUUUAUCCAAACUUCUGUUUGCAGCCAUCAAAUGGAUGGCAUGUAGACCCAAUCUGUUCUAAGUGUGCAAAAUACCCAGAAUUAGAUGAUUAA